CAUCAUCAAAAAUAUGUUAAAACUGAAUUGUUGAUUGAUUUAAAGUCGUACCAUGUUGAAAAUAUUACUUUUUGUUGUUCUAAGUUUUUUUAUACAAAUAUUUUGUGAAGAUAUUGAUGUAACUUUGCCAAAUGGUAAAAUCCGUGGAUUGAAAGUAACGCCUGUGGUUACUAAUCUUACUUAUUACUCAUUUUUGGGAAUUCCGUUUGCCGCGCCACCUAUUGGAAACCUUCGAUUUAAACCCCCUCAACCUGUUGAAAAUUGGGAAGGUACCCUAAUAGCCGAUAAUAACGAUGCUUUAUGUUAUCAAGUGGGUAAAAAAACAGAACAUGCUUCGGAAGACUGUUUGUACCUAAAUGUUUAUACUCCAGUUGUCCCCUCAACUUCCUCCAGCUUGCCGGUUUUAGUCUUCAUAUAUGGGGGAACUUUCAGACGAGGCCGUUCUUUUCCAGGUUAUAAAUCUCCUGCCUUUCUAAUGAAGGAAAAUGUAGUGGUUGUUACAUUUAACUACAGGGUAGGACCGUUCGGAUUCUUAUCUACAGAAGAUGAAGUUAUUCCUGGAAAUAUGGGAUUAAAAGAUCAACAAUUCGCUCUAAAAUGGGUUCAGCAAAAUAUUAAUCUUUUUGGUGGAGAUCCAAGGCAAGUAACUCUGAUGGGUCAAAGUGCUGGAUCAGCUUCUGUCACCUAUCAACUUUUAAGUCCGGGAUCAGCAGGUUUAUUUAGAGCAGCUAUCGGAAAUAGCGGUUCGGCAUUAUGCACAUGGGCUUUCCAAAGGAACGCUGCAGAUAUUGCUUAUGGAAUCGCAGCUGAAAUCGAUCCAACUUUUGAAAGAAAUAGAACGUCCGAAGAACUAUUGAAUUUCUUAUCGAACGUCCCUGCGUCUGCCAUUGAAGAUACCGCAGACAAAUAUAAUGCAUUCGCUCCAGUUAUAGAAGUUCCUCAUGUCGGGGCUCUUAUAUCUGAUCUAAUGUAUAGAAACGCAGAGAACGGCAGCUUCAAUAAAGUUCCAGUUUUGAUGGGUUUUAAUUCCGAGGAAGCUUUGAUGAUGGCAGAAAAAACGGGUUCAUGGAGGUCAUAUGUUCGACAAUAUGAUAAAGAUCUUCGUACAUUAGUUGAUGAUGACAUGUAUAUCACUGAUAGCGACAAAAAAUUAUUGGUAGGAAAAGAGAUCAAGAAAAUCUAUUUGAAUGAUACCGACAUGUUUGCUGAUAAACUUGGAGAAUCUGUACAGUAUUUUGGUGACAACAGAUUUAUCAGGCCAAUUAUAAAGUUCGCAGAAUUGAUACGUCAUCAUGUUGAUUUAUACUUCUACCAAUUUUCUUACCAUGGUCCCUUGGGUGGCAAUAGUGUAGAAAUACCAGGAAUUGGCAAAGUCGCUCACGCAGAAGACCAAAACUAUUUUUGGGUAGUUCACGAUAACUACGAUUCAUUUCCCGACACAGAUAUUAAAACAUUGCAACGAUACGUCACGCUUUUAACCAAUUUUGUUAAAUAUCUGAACCCCACUCCAAUAGCUGACGAUUUAUUGCAAAAUAUCACAUGGCCAAAAGCAACUGAGAAUGAUUACUUAUAUUUGGAUAUUGAUACGAAUUUGAGUAUACAAACAAAUCCCAGGAACUUUUCUUAUAGUAAAUGGGUGGAUAUAUAUGAAGAAAACGCAGCUAAACCGUUUAUAUCUUAUUAGUAUUUAGAAAUAAACGACUUUUAACUCAA